GCAUGUACGCACUAGCCACACAGUCCCGGAGCGGCAUGAAAGCUGGGAGCCCCAGCACUAAUGCCAGCAAAAGGCAGGGGGAGAGCGGCAUGCCCACACGCCACGCCCUCCGCACCUGCUCGACCCAUCGAUCCGCUAGCUAUAAAGCACGCCACCGGAGCGUGUGUCCUCCACACUACUGCCAGCCUGCUUGCUUGCUUCCUACCAGCUGCCUCCCGCCAUCUCCAUCGAUCACUUGCUGCCAUGGCCGUGAACGACACCAAGCUGGCCGACGCCGAGAACCCGGGCACGAUGUGCCGCGCCAUCGACUCCGACUCCGACGUCGACUUCGCCGGCCGCGCCAACUGGCUGCGCGCGGCGGUGCUGGGCGCCAACGACGGGCUGGUGUCCACGGCGUCGCUCAUGCUGGGCGUGGGCGCCGUGAAGCACGAGGUGCGCGCCAUGGUGAUCUCCGGGUUCGCGGGCCUGCUGGCGGGGGCCUGCAGCAUGGCCAUCGGGGAGUUCGUGUCCGUCUGCUCCCAGCGCGACGUGGAGAUCGCGCAGCUCGACCGCGACGGCAAGCGCGGCGGCGACGAGGAGAGGGCGCUGCCCAGCCCGAUCCAGGCGGCGGCGGCCUCGGCCCUCGCCUUCUCCGUGGGCGCGCUGCUGCCGCUGCUGGCGGCCGGGUUCAUCGUCGGCUACAAGCUGCGGGUGGCCGUGGUGGUGGCCGUGGCGACGCUGGCGCUGGCGGCGUUCGGGGUCGUCGGGGCCGUGCUGGGGAGGGCGCCCGUGGUGAGGUCCUCCGCCCGGGUCGUCGUCGGCGGGCUGGCCGCCAUGGGGCUCACCUUCGGCCUCAUGCGGCUCUUCCGGGCCAGCGGCAUAUGACGUGCGCGCAUGCGGUCGAUGGACGAGUUUUUUCUUGUUGAUCGUCGUCUCGUCCAUGCAUGCUUUCCCCGUGACCCUACGUACGUACGUGGUGCCAACGUCUUCUUCCCCGGCCGGCCGGCUGAUGACCUGACGUCCGUGCAUGGAAUGUGCAUGCCCCGCCGUCCGUGUGCGUCUCUCUUCUUCCCUAGUUGAUUCUCUGCUGCUUAAUUCUCACUCUCUCUCUAUACUGCUAUCACUAGUCUUUGCAUCAUGCAUGCAUGCCACGCUGAUGUAACAUUGGCCAGCUGCUGCUGCAUGCAUGCUAUAGUAGUAUUUUUACUCGUGCCAUAUUAUUGUAAGGUUACCAGUAGCACGUACCUACUAGUACUUGAUUGGGAGGUGGAAGAAGGUGACAAGGUUGUUGCAAGAAAGGCAAGCUAUAUAUAUGUAAGCUAAUUAUUAAUUUGAGUUUCCAUGCAA